AUGAAGUUUCAAGAAUUGGCCAACGAGCUAUUACUUGAAUUAUUUGAAUUCAUCGAUUUUGUUUAUCUUUUACGUGCAUUUUAUAGUCUUAAUUCUCGCUUUAAUAAACUUCAUUAUCGAAUCUACCAUCUCGAUUUUCAAUUUGUAUCUAAAUGUGAAUUCCAUACUUUAUCAAAUAAUGAUGAAACAUCAAAUUCAUCUGAAUUACGUCUUUCUUAUCGUUUCACUUUGCAUAAAUUCUAUUGUUUUGGAUCUCUUUCACUGGAUUGUAUCGAUUCUCUUGGAAUCUUAAAUCGAAUUAUAUUGAAAUAUCGAUAUCUUCCAUAUUUCACACGCCUUUCCAUUAUAAAUUGUGAUUUUAAAGAUGAAGAUAAAUUUUCUUAUUUAAUUGAAGAUAUCUGGAAGUUACCAAAACUUACAUAUUGUCAAAUCAAUCAUCAAUUUUCAUAUAGAUUGAAAUAUACUAAUGAUACAGAUACAGUGAUUUCAUUAUCUAUUGAAACUCUUUUUCUUGAAAAUUUUAAUUUUGAUUUGAAUGAUACAUCUAAUUUAUUUCAAUAUACACUCUCUUGUCGACAAUUUAAUGAAUCUAUUCAUUAUUAUUCCGAAUGUAAACAAUUGCAUAUUAUUUCUUAA